GGGCACAUUUCUCACAAAGCAGUCAUGGCUCUCCUGUCCGUCCUCACGCCUGUCCUGGCGGUGGUCCUGUGUCUGUUGAUAGGCUUCAUGCUGGUGAGGUCACGGGAGACGGAGACCACCUCGACCUCUGUUAAAACUGAGAGGGCGUCAAAUGCAGACUUCAGACCGUGGGUGGACCAGGACUUACAGGAUGAUACAGAAAUCACAGCGAAAGAGGACGAUGAUGGUGAAUGGGGUGACAGCAAUGAGGAAGAAGACCUUCUACAUGUGCCCUAUUCACCAAAACGUUACCCCGAGGACAUAAUGCUGGAGAGAUCCAAGGAUUUUUACACCCUGAUGAACCAGCGGAGGUCUAUCCGAUUCAUCAGCCCAGAGCAGGUCCCACGAGAAGUCAUCGAUAAUGUCAUCCACACUGCAGGUACAGCUCCUAGUGGAGCGCACACAGAGCCCUGGACGUUUGUUGUGGUGUCAGACCCAGAGACGAAGCACCAGAUCAGACUGAUAGUGGAAGAAGAGGAGGAGGUCAACUACCGUCAGAGGAUGGGGGACAAGUGGGUCCAUGAUUUAGCCAAAUUAAAGACAAACUGGAUAAAGGAGUACUUGGAUGUUGCUCCGUACCUCGUCCUCGUUUUCAAACAGACCUAUGGGAUUCUACCAAAUGGCAAGAAGAAGACACAUUACUACAACGAAAUCAGCGUCUCCAUAUCAUGUGGAAUCCUGUUGGCUGCUUUACAGAACGUGGGUCUUGUCACGGUCACAUCGACCCCUCUAAACUGCGGCCCCCAGCUCAGGCUCCUCCUCAAACGGCCAGCCAACGAGAAGCUGCUGAUGUUGCUUCCUGUAGGUUAUCCUGCAUCUGACGCCACAGUGCCUGACUUGAAACGCAAGCCUCUGGAUGAUGUAAUGGUGCACAUUUGAAGACAAAAAUAGUUUUUUCUUCUCCAUCUUUUUUACCCUGAGCUGAAAGAGAUGUUUUAAUUGUGCUAAAUCUAUCUUUAACAAUAAGCCUCUGUUUAGAAGGAGCAGAGAGCAAAGCGUUGUUGCUCCCAUGUUCAUCAUCAGAUACACAAGAAAAAAGGGAUGACAUCACUCUCUUUAUGUACUUCAAAAUUAACCCCUGAUUGACAAGUAUAUAGUUUAAUAUGCCACUGCCAAAAAGCCCUACUGUUUUCUUCUGCCAUGUGCAGGGGACAGUUAAUAAAUGGCAAAAGAAACAACCAAUCCUGCAAAGUUACUUGACGUGGAACUGCCUAUUCAGUGCAAACAAUAAGCAUCUAAUAAAGGUAGUUUUUUAUGAAUAACAUA